AAAAAGUAAAACCCUUCAUUAAUUUCUUCACUCCCUCCCUCUACUCUAUUCUACUCUACUCCACUGCUAGUUGACAGAGAUCAGUAGUACCUAGAAGUAAGAGCCCUUCUUCCCCUACAUAGCCAAAUCAUAUUCAACCUACCCAAAUUCAAUGGCAAUGUCCUUCAUGAUGGGUCUUAACUUCCUUCUCUUAGUAGCCAUGGUUGCUACCAACCUUCUUUCUCUCUACCAUCUUUCUUCCACAACUUCCUUCUUCCAUCCUACUACUCCACCUCAAUCUACCCAUGUUCCUCAUCACCUUCUUCAACAACUUCAAACCAUACGCGCCACCAUUAACCAUCUCACGCGCCUCCAACCUUCUGAUAAGAACCCACAACCUUCAAACUCCAUUAAUGCUCCACCUUCAGAUCUUCUUACUUACGCCAAGUUUUCCCCUAUUGCUUCUUCUUGUCAUGAUUACCCUGAUCUUCUUCAUCAGUACAUGAAUUAUACACCCUUUUCUCUUUGUCCUAAAGAUACCCAUCUAGCUGAAUCUUUGAUUCUUCGUGGGUGUCAUCCUUUACCCAGACGUCGUUGUUUUUCUCGUACCCCAUCUAACCCUAGAUUAUCUUCUCCUGAUUCUAAUGUUAUUUGGAGUUCUUACCCUUCUGCUACUUGUAGGAGCUUCAAAUGUUUGAAUCCUAAACUGGGUUUUGAUCUAAAUCUUGAUUCAAAUCAAUUUUUAGCUUAUAAAUCUGAAGUUGAUCUUACUAUUCCUCAACUUUUGGAUAUUUCUAAAAAGGGUAAUUCCGUUAUUCGAUUAGGGGUUGAUAUUGGAGGUGGGACUGGGAGCUUUGCAGCUAAGAUGAAAGAAAGGAAUGUUACCAUUUUGACAACUACUAUGAAUUUAGGUGCACCUUACAGUGAAUUCAACGCGCUUAGAGGUGUAUUGUCAUUGCACGCGCCACUACAACAGAGAUUGCCUCUUUUCGACGGGGUUGUCGAUUUGGUUCGAUGUGGGCACGCCGUGAAUAGGUGGAUCCCUAAAGUGGUUAUGGAGUUUUUGUUGUUUGAUGUUGAUAGAGUGUUGAGAGGUGGUGGGUAUUUGUGGAUUGAUCAUUUUUUUGGUAAAGGGGUUGAUUUGGAUAAGGUUUACAAACCAUUGAUUGAUAAAUUGGGGUAUAAGAUUGUUAAGUGGGCUACUGGGAAUAAGAAGGAUUCUAGUGGGAUGAAGAAUGGGGAGGUGUAUUUGACUGCUUUGUUGCAGAAGCCAAAGUCUAGAUGAUCACAAUGAAAAAAAGAAAGUUGGUUACUUUCUUUUUUCUUAAUUUGGAGGUUAAUCAAAUGUAGAAUAUUCAAUUUAUUACACGAUUCCUCCGGUACUGCAAAGGUUCAGCUUCAACCGUGGAUGCCAAUUCGAAAAGUCGAUGAUAUUGUUCCGCCAUCUCCAAGCAUUUGAUUUCGAAUAUUCAAGAAAACAUUCCACUGUAAGAAAUUACGGACUCGAAAUGUAUGGUCUGCAGGACUCAACAAUGUUCAUUACUUGUAUUUUAUUGUCUUUUGGUAUUGCUCAGAUUUAGUUUAGGGCAUUCUUAUUCCUAUUAAGCUCAGAAAUAAAUAGAUAGUUUAUGUUCAAUACUUAUUAUGGAGGUCAAGCAAAAGAACUACAUUAUUCAUGCAUUUAACAUUUUAAUUUUUGAGUUAAUUAAUUAUACUAUUUUUCU